AUGAAUCUAGCACCGGGGACUUUAAAUCUAGACUUGAGCAACUUACUUAAAAAUACCAAUGCCAUAUCGAAUGCAAAUGGUCAGGUGCGACAUGACUCUUCACCUCGUGACAAAUCCACCCCGAUGCGCUACUCAGUGCCAUCGGAACAUGUCUCACUAGGGCAGAUAUUAACCACACAGCCCCACCCCAAAUUACACCUAGACAUACGGCAUUCGGAUCUAGACUCACAACAACUUUCUGAGGAUAAUCUAAAAAAAUUUUACGGAGUUGACGUGAACCAAUGCACGGAUGUUUCAACACUGCAACACUUAUUGGUUGUUGGUUUCCGAAAUUUUAUAUACACUACACAAUGGUACGAGGCUACGUUGCGUGAACGCAACAAAACGUUCACUCAUCGAUUAGGUGACCUUAAAAAAUAUAUACGCAGUACCGCUCUCCAAGAAGCUCCUCAAACGGUGGUUCCAGCGACUCGGCGUAUGCGGUCAGGUAGCAUAUCAACUGAAACCCCACGCCCCACGACUGAUAUGAAUGGUGGCGUUAAGCAUAAGAAUGUGGCAGGGAGGGAGUUAAAACACCCUUCGCUUCACACCGAUCGUGGUAUGUAUAUGCAUCCACAUGCACAAAAUCAUCAGAAUAGAUUGAAUGUGACAGAACUUCGAGAGAAUACACCAGAUGUUGUUGUAUCUCGUCAUAGUUUGUCUCGCCCUGUGAUGCUGAAGAAACCUCACUCUGCGAGCUCAACAGUUUCCCAGAAGAGUUUAGGGAACCGACCAAGUACCCCUGCACCUGUUUGCAGCGGCCGUAAAACAUCCCUUUGGCACUCACAGCAUCAUUCACAAGUUUUACUAACUCCCUCCUCAGCACGGUCUCGUCAACUCGCAAGGUAUAAGGACUCUGGUGGAAAUACGAAUAAGGGUGAUAACGUUAUUCGUUCCACACAGUGUCGGCCAUAUAUCUCUUCAUGUAAGAUUUCUGCUUUGAUGACUGCAAAGCGUCCCAAAUUAGUAGAAGCCGAGAGCUGCUCAGAUAUGCAACGUCAACUAGCAGGGGCUGAUUCUUCGACAGAAAAGUCACACAUGUACCGUAUCCAUCCGUGCCGUCAACCGGAUUAG